AUGGCACCCACAACCUUCUCCAGAUCUCACUGCAAGCUGCAAGAUGCCCGCGCUCUGGUCAUCGGCGGCUCUUCUGGAAUCGGGUUCGGCGUAUGCGAGGCACUGCUACAACAUGGCGCCUACGUCUUUCUAUGUUCUUCCCAACCGCACCACAUCUCCAACGCCGUACAAAGGCUCCUUUCGAAAUUUCCCCUUGCCGAGGGACGCCUAGAAGGCAUUGUGUGCGACCUGAGCAGCGCAGAAAAGGUCGAAACGCAAGUCCAAGGUCUUUUCGACACGAUAGCUGCCAAAGGAGUGAUUUUGGACCACGUUGUUUACACGGCGGGAGAUGAUAUCACGCUUGGAAACAUCGAAGAGUUUAAGCUCGCGGAGAUACAGAAGGCUGGAAUGGUCCGUUUCUUCGGCCCUUUACUGGUAGCCCAGCACUUAUCCAGGGCGAUGACCCAAAGUACGGCCUCCUCCUUCACCAUAACCACCGGUGGCUUACACCAACGACCUCGCAAAGGCUGGGCCAUUAUGAUGUCCUAUCUCUCAGGCCUCGAGGGCAUGACGAGAGCCUUGGCGCGAGAUCUAGCUCCUGUUCGAGUCAACCUGGUAGGGCCAGGGCCCGUAGACACUGAGAGGUGGUAUUCACACCGAGAGACAGCUGAUGUGGACGACUUGAAGCGUAGUCUGGCGCGUGCUACUGUCACGAGCCAGAUUGCGGAUGUGCAGGACGUGGUGGAGGCUUACUUGUAUUUGAUGAAGGACAAGAAUAUGACUGGCGGGAGUGUGUAUACUAAUGGAGGUGCGUUGCUCGCGUAG